UAGGAAGUGAAUGGAAACUGAUCAGCAGGGGGCGCUGCUGAGUGUGAAGAUGGCCAACGCCGUGGCUUCUUACGACCAGCUGGCCCACCAGGUGGAGGUGCUCCGUAAGGAGAACUCCCACCUGAGGAGGGAGCUGGAGGACAACUCCAACCACCUGUCCAAACUGGAGACCGAGACCUUCGGCAUGAAGGAGGUGCUGAAGCAGCUGCAGAGUAAACUGGAGCAGGAGGCGGGGACCCUGGCCUCGUCGGGGAGGAGCGACGUGCUGCACCAGCUCAAAGAGCUCCACAUGGAUCUCACCAACUACUACGAACUCAAACACCAGCCUCACAACCUGAGGCUGCUGACGGGCGGUCUGGGAGGGGCGGGGCUAACAGGUGUUGGAGGGGCGGGGUCGGGCGGGGUCGGAGGGGCGGAGAUAGACGAUCGUCUGGCUCUGCCUCCUUCCUCCUGCUCCUCCUCGUCCUCGGUGGCGGCGGCGAGCAGGGCCAGGAGUCCGCUGAGAGCUUCGUCCCGUCAGAGUGCGUCGUCCGGGGGGGAGGCCGCCGCCGUCAUGCUACCGCAUCACUUCCUGGACGGAGCCCCACCCAAAACAGCUGUGAUCACUGGAGCAGAUGGACGACUGAGCGACCAUCACCUGGAGGAGCUGUACAAGGAGAGGAACCUCCUGCUGGGGGAGAUCGACCGGGAGGAGAGGGAGCGCUGCUGGUACUUCAGCCAGCUGGAGGCGCUGUCCCAGAGACUGGCCCAACUGCCUCGCAUCGACACGUUUUCUCUGCAGAUGGAUCUGAUCCGGCAGCAGCUGGAGUUUGAGGCCCAGCAGGUUCGAUCCGUGAUGGAGGAACGAUUCGGCACCAGCGACGAGAUGGUUCAGAGGACACAGAUGCAUGUUGCUCGUCUGGAGCAGCUGGAGAAAGAGCUGCAGGAGGCCCGAGGGAAUCAAGAGAGCCAGCUACAGCUGUCUGGAGCGGAGAAGCCUCCUGCCGGAGAACCGGAGAACAACACGUCGUCGUCGUCGUCGUCAGCCGCAGCAGCUGGAACAGAAGCUCCCGCAGACGGAGGCAGCAAGGUGGAGAUGGUCUUCUGGCUGCUCUCCAUGCUCGCUAACAGAGAUAAGGAGGAGAUGUCCCGGACUCUGCUGGCCCUGUCCAGCUCUCAGGACAGCUGCAUCGCCAUGAGAAAGUCCGGCUGCGUCCCCCUGCUGGUCCAGAUCCUGCACGAAGCUCCGGAUGCAGGAAGUGGUCCUGGAGAGACGGCGGCAGGCGGUACGACGACGGGCUGCAGCCGAGAGGCCAAAUCCAGGGCCAGCGCCGCCCUCCACAACAUCAUCUGCUCCCAGCAGGACGAGGGCCAGGCCCGCCGGGAGAUGAGGGUCCUGCACAUGCUGGAGCAGAUCCGGACCUACUGCGACAGCGGCUGGGACUGGAUCGAGAGCCACACUGGGACUCCUUCACCCGGAGGCACCAAAACCACCGAUAUUCCUGAACCUGUGGACCCUCAGAUCUGCCAGGCCAUGUGCGCCAUCAUGAAGCUUUCCUUUGAAGAGGAGUACAGACGCGCCAUGAAUGAACUAGGUGGUCUACAGGUGGUGGCAGAUCUGAUGCACCUGGACCAGGACAUGUACGGCACGCAGAACGAUCCCAUCAACAUGGCACUGCGACGAUACGCGGGGAUGGCUCUGACGAACCUCACAUUCGGAGACGUCGUCAACAAGGCGACUCUGUGCUCAAAGAAGAGCUGCCUUCGGGCUCUGGUGGCCCAGCUGGCCUCGGACAGCGAGGAGCUUCAUCAGGUGGUCUCCAGCAUCCUGAGGAAUCUGUCCUGGAGGGCCGACAUCAGCAGCAAGAGAGUCCUCAGAGACAUCGGCUGUGUGUCCGCGCUGAUGACCUGUGCCCUACAGGCCACUAAGGAGUCGACCCUGAAGAGUCUUCUGAGCGCUCUGUGGAACCUGUCGGCUCACAGCAUCGACAACAAGGUGGCGAUCUGCUCGGUGGAAGGCGCUCUGGGAUUCUUGGUCAGCACGCUGACGUACCGAUGUCAGACCAACUCACUCGCCAUCAUUGAGAGCGGAGGAGGGAUCCUACGGAACGUGUCGAGUCUGGUCGCCACACGAGAAGACUACAGGCAAAUCCUCAGGGACCAUAACUGCCUACAGACUCUGCUGCAGCACCUGCGCUCCCACAGCCUAACCAUAGUAAGCAACGCCUGCGGGACUCUAUGGAACCUUUCAGCCCGAAGUCCCAAAGACCAGGAGCUGCUGUGGGACCUCGGAGCCGUCAGCAUGCUGCGCAAUCUUAUCCACUCCAAGCACAAGAUGAUUGCCAUGGGCAGUGCUGCAGCUUUAAGGAACCUCCUCACCAACCGACCCCUAAAAUAUAAGGAUGCUGCAGUCGUAUCCCCUGGCUCCUGCAUGCCCUCACUCUACAUGAGGAAACAGAAGGCUCUGGAGGCAGAGCUGGAUGCCAAACACCUAGCGGAGACCUUUGAUACCCUUGAGAAACAGAGCCCCAAGCACCUAACCCUCAACAAGCCACUACGGCACAUUGAAAGUCUGGCGAAGGAUUAUGCAUCUGAUUCUGGUUGUUUUGAUGAUGAUGAGGCCCCCAACGUCUCUAGUAGCCUGGACACUGGCAGCUUCUCUAUGCUGUCCAUGUUCCUUACCAACUCUAACUUCCUGCAAAAUCAGCCGCGCAAGAGAGACAGUGAACCUGAGAGAGACAUAGAACCACAUCAGAUACCCGAGAAGAGACAUGCACCUCCUGACGAUGUGGUAUCUGCCGCCGCAGAGAAGCUAGCAAAAAAGAUUACCAACACAGUUGCCAAGAUUGACAGGUUAGUGGAAGACAUCACCAUGCACACAUCCUCGGAGGACAGUUUGAGCCUCAGCUCUGAGGAUCACCUGGCCGACUGGCCUUACGGACUAGAUGAACUCAAUGAAGCCCGGGCCAAAUCAUGCUCCCCCUGCCGUCUCUCUGAUACAAGCAGCCUGGCUCACAGAGAACGUCUCAGUAGAGCGCACGCCCUCUUGCGUCUGAAAACUGCCCACACAAGUGUAUCAACAGACAGCCUAAACAGUGGCAGCACUAGUGAUGGCUACUGUGGCAGCAAAGACCAGAUGCGACCUGCUCCAAGAGCCCUAACGAUACAACAACAACGACCCAACCAGCUCAAUCUCAAAGUGGCUCAUCAAGAGUACCUAAAUGUAAGACCUGCUGUCUUGAAUGAGACCAACCAGCAAGAUAUUCCAGAGAGGGAUUCUGUGGACAACAAAGACGUGAACGCUCUAGAACUCUGCAACACAGAUAUAGAAAAGAACCAGGAUCAACCUGUACAGACACCUGUCAGUGCAUCCACCAAAGUCUCCUCUGAUGUAAGCAUGACUUCAAUUAAACUUUCUCCAUCUUAUCAACAGGUGCCGUUCAUUCAAAGUGUGGCCAAAUUUGGUGUAGCAAAGACGGCAAUCAAUGUCCAGGCUGCCCAAGCAAUGAGAAGGCAAGCAUGGGUACCUACUGUGAUGACUGGGGGAAGCAUUACCAAAUUUUCGCCAAUGACGUCCACCAGAAGCCCCACCAUCGGGACGAUGGAGACGGUCCAGAAAUACUCUGUGGAAAACACCCCAAUCUGCUUCUCCCGCUGCAGUUCACUGUCUUCCCUCUCUUCUGGCGAUGGAGCGCUGGAUGGACAAAGUGAAAAUGAGCUGGAGAGUGACUCGUCAUUAGAAAUAAUUGAAGUGGAAGAUGGAGAAGUGGUGAAGAGAGCUGAAGAGGACGAAACCUUGGAGGAUUUGAGCGACAGCCAGCUGCUGAUGACCGACUCAAAAACCUUCCCCAGCAAAGAAACAGAUCCUAUUGAAAUCCCCCGUCCUGCCAAACGGGAAAAAGUUUUCCUUAGAGGAGCUUCACCAGCCGUAAUUGAAGACAGAUCUCCAUCCAGUUCAUCUGAGAAUUACAUCCACGAGACACCCCUGGUAAUGAGUCGCUGUAGCUCAGUCAGUUCCCUGGGCAGCUUUGAGUCUCCCUCUAUUGCCAGCUCAAUCCAAAGUGAUCCAUGCAGUGAGAUGAUUGAUGGAACAAUAAGCCCUAGUGAUCUUCCCGACAGCCCAGGGCAAACCAUGCCUCCAAGCCGUAGUAAAACUCCAUGUUGCGGUGAGUCAAAUGGACCGGAAACACAGGCCACAGGAAUAGCAGGCCAGUGGGAGAGCAGCCUGCGAAAGUUCAUGGAGAUUGCAGACUCCAAGGAGAGGUUUAACCUUCCUCCUGACCUGGACACAAUGAUCUAUUUCACUGUGGAAAAGCCCACUGAGAACUUCUCUUGUGCCUCGAGCUUAAGUGCUCUGCCUCUUCACGAACACUACAUACAGAAAGAUGUGGAGCUGAAAUUGACCCCCCUGCUCCAGCAGAAUGACAAAAAUCUUCCUUUCCCUGACGAGGAUGAGCAAGGACUCGACCAUGGGGAAAGAUACAGUGAGGGCAACUCAGACGAUGACAUUGAAAUCUUAAAGGAAUGCAUCAACUCAGCAAUGCCCUCCAAGUUCAGAAAAGUAAGACCUUCCCUGAUGACCACGAUCCCUCCUCAUAUUCUCAAUUCCCAGAUCCGAAAACCUUUACAUCUUCCUGUGUACAUGAUGCUCCCGAAUGGCAAAACCCAAAUGUGUCCUGGAAGGAGAAUUGUCAUCCCACAAAAGGACCUGAAAUUUGACGAUUCAUCCUUCACUGAUUCUGCAGAAGGUACACCUGUUAACUUCUCCAGCACAACAUCGCUAAGUGACGAAACACUUCAGUAUCCAGUGAAAGAGAAGGGGGCUAAAGACUGCACAGCUAAAGGUAUGAACAAACAAGAAGUGCUCGAUGAUGAAGCAAAGAGGAUUGAAGACUUGAGAAUAUUCUCACACUUCCACAAACCCAACAGGAUGAACUACCCACCUGAGAUACAAAUAAACCGAACAACCAAACAUGUCAUUCCCACUCAGAGGGUGCUGAUGCAGAGCAAAGAGGUAGCCGAUAGAGUGGCAAGCCAAAGAAAUCGUGAUCAGUCUCCUAGCCAACAAAAGAAGAGGCAAGGCCAAGGCCCUGUCAGGAAACUGGAACUGCCUGUUAUAAAGCAAAACACAGAAGGUAACCUUAAUGUGGGAUCACAAAAAGGAAACACAAUCUUUAGACAAAUGAUGCAUUUUUCAGAGGACGGUAAUGGCUUUUAUGAUGGUGAAAAUGAAAAAGAUGAAGCAAUGAAGCGAACAAGUAGAAAACAGAUCAGGGAAGCAAGUAGAAAUACUCUCUCCCGGAGCAUGACAAAUAUUGGCAGGAUUGAUAAUUCCCAAGCACAGCCCAGAGGGUUUCACAGGAUAAAACAGAAUCUGAUAAAGGAUGAAUCCCUGGCAUGUUACUCACUCAGCUCCUCUCUUAGUUCACUGAGCGAUGCAGAGUUUGAGGAUCAUAAAGCUAAAGCACAGCAAAUAUGGUACAAAAACAGACAAAACAAAACACUGAAUAUGGUGCAACAAACAAAGCCUAUGACCAUUCACAGCCAAUAUGAAGAGCAAAGCUCACCGAGCUCUGUCAGCAUGGAUUCAGAAGAUGACCUCCUUCAGAAAUGCAUAACAUCUGCCAUGCCCAAACAGAGAAGGAAGCUUGCUGCCAGGAAGAAGAAAGCAGAAAAUACCCAAAAACAAAAACAAAAGGCCUCUGAUGGUUGGAACAUGGAUGAGGAAAUGGAUAGUGAUGAUAUGGCAUGGGAUAAAGAUUCAGACCUUAAUAGUGUUGAAUGGAGAGCCAUACAAGAAGGUGCUAAUUGUGUUGUCACUGGGCUGCAGGCAUCAAAGUCUCAAGAACCAUCCUCUGAAGAGACUGAAUCAGUCCUGUCAUUUAUGUCAACGUCCAGCUUUACACCCAAAGAAAGGAAGUUUGCAAAAGACAAAAAAGCAAAUAAACCUUUAGACUUCGCACAGCGCAAGCCAGUUGCAAACUUACCAGUAGUUUUCAGAGGCAGGACAGUGAUCUAUACACCGAAAAAAGAGACAGCUCCCUCACAAAGACCUCCCCCUAGAAAAGUACCAACCAAACCAGAUGCUCCAAAGAACCCAAAUCUUGCUCAGCACAGAUCAAAGAGCCUUCACCGAUUAGGCCACCCACAGGACACAGAACUGUCUUUGCCAAAGAGGAGCUCUACUCCACCUCCAAGGAUACCAAAAAGUUCAUCCUCUGGAUCGUCGCAAAGCUCUACACAGUCGAAACACUGGCAGAGGAAGAUUACAUCACCAACUCAGACAAAUAAAUCCAUCCAGAAAAAGAAUGCCACACCUGCUAGUAGCCCGCCAGCUAGCAGUCCCCCUGAAAGACAGGGACGCUCUCCUGUUGUAAAUCAAAAUGAAAAAUCCCCACCACCUAAAACUCAGAAGUCACCUGUCCGAAUACCUUUUAUGCAAAAUUCAGGCAAGCAACCCAGACCUCUGUCACCGCUGGUAACUAACCAAACAACCAGCAGACAAACCAAUCAAGUCCAUGGGAAAAGGGUUUUACCUGCCAAUCGAUUUGACCUGGUCAGGAUGACUUCUGUCCACUCAAAUGGUGGCGAGUCUGAUCGCAAUGGAUUCAUGAGACAGCUGACUUUCAUUAAGGAAUCAAAGACCAUACUGAGACGUGAUGGAUCUGCACGCAACAUGCCUGGAUCUCAAAAUGGAUCUCCCCGCAGAGCAGUUCCUGGAGCUUCAGCUGUCUUCCUUUGCUCAUCACGCUGUCAGGAACUUAAGGCAGCUGUGCAGACCCCAAGAAGGGUGCAAGUAAAAGGUCAAGGACAAGCACAAGUCCAGAGGUCACACCCUGGCCUAGAGAAACAGACUACAGGCCUCUCUAGAGCGACCUCCAGUGAAAGGGAUCUAUCUGCAAGACGCCCAGCCAGGAGAACUAGUUCUGAAAGCCCCUGCAGGGUGGCUCAGCGAAAUGGGCCUGGAAGAGUGUCCGGAGCCAAGCAGCAACAAGACAAAGAUACCUUUAAACGUCACGCCUCAUCACCAAGCAUAAACUUAUUGAGCCGAGUGACCAGCCGUUCUUCCCUCCGCUCAUCGUCAUCCGAUUCGAGUGGAAGAGCAAAGAGCGAGGAUGAUACAAAGAAGAAAGGGCAGAGAUCCGCAUCUCGGCUGAAUGACAGAGUCACCUGGAGGAGGAUCAGGGAUGAAGAUGUACCUCAGAUCUUAAAGAACACUCUGCCACCCAAUGCAUUACCUCUGGUGCCUUCUCCUGACGGGGAAAAGCCAAAGCCACCAGCUCUUCCAGGAAAACUGCCAACCAUUCUACUUGCAUCUCGCAAGACAAGUGACGCAACAGUCCAGACAGAAGAUUUUACAAAUAACAAAACCAACUCGAGCACCUCUCCAACGGUCGAAACAGUUCCGGUAAUCUCUGAGGAAGUGGCCCGACUCACUCUCUUCCGAAAGAUCAGUGCCACAUCUGGGAGUAACCUCCAGGAUGGUGAUUCAGAUGGUUCCCUGAGGAGCCACAGCACUAUUUCCACUGGAACGUCAGAUGGCCACAUGGGCGGAGUUGUCCAUUUCCGCCAAGGAUCCCCCAGCAAGGCAGUCCGGGUUACCCCAUUCAACUACACUCCCAGCCCCAUGGCCUGCUGCCUGCAAGACACACAGAGCCAAGCAGCCACAAUCAAUGCAAAGUCAGGGGAAAAAAGUGAGUCGUAGGACGUUUAGUGGAUUACUGGAUGACUCUACUGUGUUCCUGAAUGAAACUCAGCACUCAGGUGGGCAGACGAGGAGUGCGCUGGUCCCCAUACCUCGGGUACUGACCCUUUACUUUCCCCAUUCACUGCAUUCAAGUUUUUCUCUCUGAACAGUUGAUCUCAGCUUCCAUCUACCAUUCAUACAGAGUUGGAUGUAUGCAUUGAGACAGGUCUGACAUGAACAGACCUCCAAUAACUUUUAGAGAUGCCCUUGAGAGAAAAAUCUCACAUGAAGAGGAAGUGCAUCUUUUUGUACUUUUUUUUUGUAUUUGUAGAAUAAUCAUUGCCUGGUAGAAAUGUAGUGCAAACCGAAAGCAAAAGACAAUGAACUUGAUUUCAACACAUAAAUCACUAUCGGUCUCCUGAACAGAAUCGAUAAAAAGAACAAUAUUAUGCAAACUUUUGAAUGAUAGCUCAGCUGGACUUGUACCUGAAAAAGGUACAAACUGUGGCGGACUGCCGACAGACUUUCACAAAGGACACAAAUACACCGACGUGUAAAGUAUUUUUUACAUACAGUGCAUCAAUACUUUAGGCCUUUGCCUCACCACUCAACUGAAUAUGAUACAUUGUUAGCCUUUCCUGUUACAUAGGGAGCCCAGCGGCGUUUGGGGGGUACAUCUUUGAUAAAACAUUCCUUCAAAUUAAUAGCAUUUUCACUUUUAUUUCAUUUGUUUUAUUCUGAUCUUGGACUGAGGUGCACGGGUAUAAUCUGGGUUUUAGACAUUGAACACAAUGUUGGGUUAUCGCUGUAAAUCUUCAGUGUUUACUGCAGGAUAAAAACUUAAAUAAUGUGUAUGUUAUCAAGUACAAAACUUAAACUACAAAAGUAGCUUCAAGGUGCUGUUGCUUUGCAAAGCUACAGGUAGAUGCACAAGCGGGAAGGACAUGGGACAAAUCAAUUAUUUCAGAUCACGAUUUAGUAUAUAAAAGGGCACAAUUUAUAAUUCGAUGGAACCGGUUAAGUAAAAACUACUAACUCAAGGGUAGGAGUGGGCGAUAGGUAAUAAAGUUCUAUGACUUUAUAUGUAAUUUUAUGUGACUACUGUUAUAUAUUUCUGCAAAAUCAAUUGAGGAUCUUUUAUGGAUAAAUAACCAGACAUGAAUGUUUGUUUGUGGCUAAUCCGGCAAAUUAAAUAUCUCACAAAUGAAGUUUCAUUACAUUGAUGCAAAAAUAAUUUACAAAUCCAAUAUUGCUAUAAAGCAGUCUUGCUCAGUAAUUAGAAAAGUUGCCUGCAAUAGCCUAAUACAAGCAGAAAUAUUAUUGGAAUGCAACAUAUUAUCUCUCACAGUAAAUAUAGUCGUACCUCCCAACCCUACAUGCAGGAAUGAAAUAAGUAUACUUAGCACUCAAAUUAUUAAUAUGAGGGAAUGAUUUCUCAAACGUUUUUACCCUUAUUCCAUACUGGACUCUGUUUCCAUCACUGCUGCAGAAAAUCUUAUAGCAAAUGCUGUCAUUUUCCAAACUAUCAGCUGAUCCUGGGUCACUUCACACUCUCCUGUACUCUCUGUCUUAAUCGGUAUUGUAAAUAACAUCAAGAUAUCCAAAACUUCGAAGCUUCCCGGUGGGCAAAAGAAUCCCGGUGUUUCUCCAUGACAGCAUGCUAAUAUAUUCACGGACUGUAUACACAACUGUUAACAUUGUGGACACUGGAUGAAGAUGUCGUUAUUCAGCAGUAAAAUACUUUCUAAAGCCCGACGAGAGCAUUACUAGCCAUCUGUAUUAUCGUGCCGCAAAGAUAAUGCCAUGAACUGUCAGCGUAGAUGAGCAAAGCGACGACACGCCUUUGUUAAUCGGAUGCGAUGACAUAUUUGGGUUUCUUACUAGAUUCAGGUACGGUUUGCUGUUGGGCAUUUCCUGUCAGGAAAUGAAAAGAUAAUUUGAUUCAGUGAUGGCCAGGCAGGUGUGUGUCCUCACAGAAGUUAUCCUCUGGAAGUCUUUAUAAACGUGUUAAUAUCUGCUUAACUGUGUUGCUGUUAAAGUAGCGAUAGGUCAAGAAGAAGUCGCAUAUUAAGACGAUGAAUAUUCUCUGUAGUUGUACCAUCACUCCUCCUCGUGUGCUCGGAGAUCAAAGACAGCAGAGUGCUGGACGCAACGAAACUUAAUCUACACUUAGGGGCUGUUUAUUCAUAAAGACAAGGUUUUGUUUUUACUACUACCACCCUAUUGUAUUUCCAAAGCAUGUUUUGAGUAUGAAUAAAACCCAAGUAGCUUUUGAAUGCGAACCUUUCCAAGUCCCACUGGCCAUUUUAAGAUAUUAAAGUGACACCGUGACAAUAAUCUUUUGACUAUCAAGCACUCACCCAGUAUUUACUCAAAUAUAUAUAUGGAAUAUGGAAAUUCAUAAUUUCACUGAUGGACAUAUUGACCCAUAUGUCCAUUAGUGAAAUUAUGAGUUUCCAAGCCUGUGGCCGUUAAUCAUGCCUCACAAACCAAUCAGAGAACUCUGCAGGAGAAAUUCAAGUCUGUGAAUGUGUAAAAGAGUCGUGACUCCAGAUAGCCAGCUGCUCUGACUGUCUCAUAGCUAGAGCUGCAACGACUAGUCGUUUAACCAAGUAGUCAAUCGACAGAAAAUCAAUCCGCAACUAUUUUUAUAAGAAAAUAAUGGUUUUUAGUCAUUUUUUAAGUGCAAUUGUCAAAUAUUUGCUGUUUCUAACUUCUCAGAUGUGAGGAUGUGAUGCUUUACUGUGUCACACUAGAUAGUAAACUGAAUGUCUGUGGAUUUUGGACUGUUGGCCCAAAACAAGAUGUUUGAAGAUUCACUAUUUUUUGGCAUUUUGUAGACAAAACGAUUGAUCGAAAAAAGAACUGGCAGAUGAAUCGAUAAUGACAGUUAUCGUUAGUCGGAGGCCUACCCGUAGCAAAUCAACAGAUUACAUCUAUGAGAAAUAGAUAUUUUUUAAAGAGGCCUAGACUUUGCUCAUUGAUUGAUGAAGACGAGUUGAAGGGGCAGACACUUGAUCGGUGUGUGGAUUUUAUUUAGUUCGGUCUGUAACUGUGUAACCGUGUGGGCAGGUGUGUAUGGGGUAACCUGUACUUAAGGAAAACGCAGCCUUGCAAGUGAUGCAGUUCUGCAACGGUUUACACAUGUAGGCCUAAAAAUCACGUUACAGUCUUGCUGUAAUGAAGACCGAAUUAAUCGUCCCCAAGCUUGAGAAGAAAAUUUAAAUAAAAUAUUAGAUUUUCUUUGUUGCCCAUAGCGCCUUACUUUAACUACAUUUUUUUUGUACGAAUUCACAAACUUGAGUUUCUCAUGCAGUGUUUGUUCACAGGUUUAGAAAGGUUGAUAAGAAACCACAGGCUUUGGAGGUAUUUCUGAACAUCAUUUCACAAACUCAAAAUCUUUUUGUCCCUUACUGAAGCCCCUGGCUUUAAAAAGGUGAAUUUCUAAAGCUUGUAGUCGAACAUUUAAUACUCAAAGGGAUUCCCCACCCAUAAUCUGUCUUUUAACAGCCCCAACAACAUUAAACAAGUAAUGAAAACUGUGUGAAUGAGACGAACAAAUUCAGCCCUAUUAGAAGGUCCUGGAAGUUUGUCCACCAUCACGGUCAGUGGCCUUGUUCACACCUGGCUGAGAUCAGUUUCUAAAUCUAAAUCAUGUCCAAACUACUGCGAUCACAUUUUAACGCUUUGCACUUUGAGUUAACUUGGUCCAAGUCACAAACUGAAUAUUUAAUAAUAAGCUCAACCUGCAUGUGAACACACACUAAACAGAAAUUUGAAUUAUGAGAUCCCAGCCUUUCACGCGUGAACGAGGCCACAGAGGCGUUAUGGUGUCAUGUGAAAUAGGCAAAGCAACAGAGGUGUGUCAUUAUAAAUGUUUUCCUCCAAUAAAAAGU